GUGGCUGAUCCCCACAUGACCUGGAGCUUAAACCCUGUUGCCACUCAGAGGACAGUAAUCAGGAUGCAGCGGCCAGCCACUGAAGAGGCGACGGUAGAUGUCAAGUUUACGGAUCUACCCAACGCCCUGAUCGCCUGCAAAGUACCGGAGGAUCUGUUCAAAGAAGACACACUGAAGGGCAGCUUUGAGGCCUUGUUCCGUUCCUUCGAGCCGGAGGUGCAGUUCCAGUACUUCAAAUCUUUCCGCAGAGUGAGGAUCAGCUUCAGCGAUGCUCUGGCUGCAGCUGAGGCCAGACUGCGACUCCACAAGACCGACUUCAAGGGCAAAGAGAUGAGACUUUACUUCGCUCAGUCUGUCCACAUAGGCAGUCCUCGGCUGGAGCCCCCCAAGCCGGAUAAGCAGUUCCUGAUCUCGCCCCCUGCCUCCCCCCCGGUGGGCUGGGAGCAGUCUAAGGAUGCCAUGCCCGUCGUCAACUACGACCUGCUGUGUGCCAUCUCCAAGCUGGGACCAGGGGACAAGUACGAGCUCCACACUGCCACCCCCACCCCCAGUGUCGUCAUCCACGUCUGCGAUGACGAGCGAGGCGACAGCUCCGCUCCCGACGACAGUGAUCAAGACGACAAACCCCGCCCCCUGCGGCCGAAGAUCAUCCAGACACGGCGCCCCGACUUCACGCCCGGAGUGGAGCAGUGAGAAGAGACAUUUCAUCAUGAAGCGAUCGGUGGAGAGCGGAACACGCUCUGAGCUUUGAGAAAGGGUUCAGGACCCGAGGGUGCCGCCAUGUCCCGUAGACGAGCAUUUCAUAAGACGGACUGGAAACUUAGUGUCCAUUGCUGCGUUCACGUCCCGUGGGAAAGACGGGAGAUAUGAACUUCCUAGUGGAAAACACUGCUCACUUUAGCCAUCAGGUCAUCUGUACUGCUUGUGAGGAGUAAAGAUGGAACUAAAGGAAAUAUUAGUGUUGAACUGUAGGAAAAAAUGUAUAACCAUGUUUUGAUCGUAGUGCAAUGGAGGGAGAUUUUUCAGUGAUGUUUUGCAAAAAGACCUGAAAUGUACCAUGACUUAUUUUGUGUGUUUGUGAGAUUAAGCUGGCCAGGUUCAAAUAAAGUGUGUACAAGACCUUCACAGGGAUGUGGAUGUUGGUUAUUCCCCCAUAACAUGAAUGCGGCAUCAUUCUGGUAGGUCAUGUUUGUAUUUUUUUAUUGUGUAUAAUUGAUCACAUUAUCUUUAGUUAUUGUCAAUGGCUACAGCUACUUAUUAAUCAAUGUUGGUGUCAUAUUUUCCUCUCCAGGAUCUUUAUUCAGGCUGAUUUGUGAAGCUGUCUCGCAUUACAGCGGCAGCUGCAUUCAUCUUCAUUUACAUUAUUGAUUUACAAUUAAAAAACAAUUCAAGUUCA